AUGCUUCAUUCUCUAAAUAACAAUGGAUCUGACAGUCAAGUGCACGACCUGAAGAAGAAACUGAAUGAUUCGUGGCCUCAGUGUCCUGUCGGUCUAAAUAUCCUUCAGUUUCCAAGUUUAUCAAAGUCGGCUGGUGGGCAAGAGGUCACUCCUUACGCGUACUUAAAGUGUGGUCAUGUCCACGGACGUCACUCUUGGGGUGUUGACUUGGGAGGAGAUUUCAUGCGUCGAACAUGUCCCGUGUGCAGACAGGUUGGUCCGUAUGUGCAACUUCGUUUCAGAAAGGAUAGCUCGUUCUAUCUCGACACGGAUUCGCAGACAUAUUCGUUUGUGCGGUGCGGUCACGUUGCAUCAGAAAGCACAGUGAAAUACUGGAAUAGAAUACCUAUUUCAUAUGGGCCCGACGAUCAACUCGUUAGGUGCCCGUUUUGCGUCUUUCCCGUAAUGGGUGAUCCUGGAUAUGUCAAGUUACUGUGGGACAAGUGA